AUGCAUAUUACUUACAAGUUCCUCAGAUCUCCCCUUCGUCACAUACCGGGACCUCUGUACACAAGAGUAACGAGGUUGCCGCUAAAGUUAUCGAUCGUUACGGGAAAGCGCAUCUACUUCAUCCACGAUCUGCACCAGAAAUAUGGCCCCGUAGUGCGUAUUGCUCCGGACGAGGUUUCUAUUUCCUCACAGCCCGAGUUCAAAGAGAUCCAUCGUGUCGGGUCGGCCUUCCUGAAGACCCCAUGGUAUCAAAAGUUCUCCUGGGACCGAAAUCCGGGAGUCUUUACUAUGCGGGAUCCCAAGGAACAUGCUGCGCGUAGGAAGUUGUUUGCGCGUGCAUUCUCCAAAUCCGAAUUAAGACAAACAUGGGAGCCCGUAGUAAGGGAAAAAGUCCAGUUAGCAGUGUCUCGGAUUCGCUGUGAAUUGCUGCGGGAUGGAACAUCCGAUGUUCUGAAGUGGUGGACGUUUCUCGCCACUGAUGUCAGCGGACAUUUGAUGUUCGGUGAAUCAUUUGAAAUGCUGCAGUAUGGAAAGAAAAACAAAUAUAUCAAUAUUUUGGAGUCCACCAUGAUGGGUUCGGGAAUCAACGUAGAGCUUCCCCUUGUGGCACUCAUUGGCCGAUAUGUCCCACUUGCGUCCUUCCAGGAGAUGUUUCGCCCCAGCGACUAUCUUACUGAAUAUGGAAGGCGAGCGGUGUCAAAUAGUCGAGCGAAUAGCAACUCCACGCGGAAUAUUUUCACCGGAAUAGUCAAUGAAUCGGAGAAGACGAGCAGCACGCUUUCUGAGGAGGACGUGGUGAUUGAAGCGGGCAAUCUGAUCGUGGCUGGCUCCGAUACUACUGCUGUCACGCUGACUUACCUGGUAUGGGCUGUGCUGUCGCAGCCGAAGCUCCAGCACGAUCUGGAAGAAGAGGUCAGUGCGCUGGAUCCGAAUUAUAAUGAAGCUGCGUUGGAGGAACUGCCGCUCCUCAAUGCCGUCAUCACGGAGACCCUACGGCUCUAUGGAGCAGCCCCAGGCUCCUUGCCUCGGGGCGUGCCGAAUGGCGGAGCGACCUUUUGCGGAUACCAGAUUCCUCAAGGAACGACGGUAAGCACGCAGAGUUACACCAUGCACCGGGAUGAGGGACUUUACCCAGAUCCCGAAACCUUUGAUGUCAGUCGCUGGUUAGGAGGGGAUGGACAUGGAUCCGAUGCAGCCAGGCAGGGUCUCUCCCCCUUUGGGUACGGCACCCGAAUCUGCCUUGGGGUGCAUCUCGCCUGGAUGGAACUUCGCUUAGCAGCAACCGAGUUCUUCCGUGAGUGUCGAGGGGUGCGACUGGCGUCGGGCACGACGCGGAAAAGCAUGAAACCGGAAAACUAUUUUCUGAUCGCUCCGUCUGGACAUCGCUGUGACAUUCAACGUCAGUAG